UUAAGACUACCGUAGACGGGUGACGCCUUGGUUGCUGUCAUUGGUGGAGGACAUCGACGCUUGGAAUGUCUUCCCAUGGGGGCAUUAUAUUUGGAAGCUGACCUUGGACGACCUUUUGAAGGGGUUCGAAGUUCCUGACUUGAGCGUGACAAAGGAAACUCGGUUACGCUACAACAUUUACGGAUUCGCAUGGGUGAUACAGUUCUGGGCAAUGGAGGCAAUUCCAACCCUCCGAAAAAUAGUUGCCCUCUCUGGUCCGAAAGAUAACGUCCACCCACGAAUGUGCAGAUGGGAUUGCAAUCAGAAGCCAAAAGACUUCUACAAGACAAUUCAGAAGUUAGAGUCAUCUGACAAAUUGUGGGCAUUGGAGACUUUGGAACCCACCGCAGAUAAGGCCUUCCGGGAGUAUUUUGUGGACCUUGAUGUCCCGUUAUCGGAGGGUAACGAGUACGUGCCAAUAAGGCACAUGGAGGAUUGGUCGGAUUGGGGCUUAGGUGCGAGGCAAAAAAAGGAGAAGCUUGAAGGAGAAAAGAGCCUCUGGUGGCACGAAGCGGAUGCGCACCUCCGCUGCUUUAGUUGAUGAGUUGAUGGAUGAAGGGGACGACCAUGGUCAAGGCA